AUGUCUGUGACAUCUACUAAAUCAGAACGCUUGACAAAAUGGGAUCCUCAAAGUGGCCCCGACCCCUCUACAUUAUCUCCUAUCUAUAGUGGCCACCUGCUAAAACUUGGGCCCAACGGCAGAUGGCAAUCCCGGCACUUUACAUUUGACGGUGCAGAGCUAUUCAUUCAAACCUUUGAUGGUCGCAACACUACCUUGAGAGCAAGCAAGGAUGUGGAACUGGAACGAUGGUAUUUCGUCCUUUCGAAAAUCUGGGAAUAUCGACAGCGGUUAGGUAAAAUUGAGGCACAAGUUGCAACAGUAGAAGCAGUAGCAGCAAUGGCAGAAUCACCUCGUUCAACACGUCAUCUUACGGCACAUCAGCAAUCUAGGCGCCUAUUCCAAAAAUAUCUGCAGAAUCAGUAUCAGGGAUCGCAAUACCAAGAUCAAUUCUCUGCCAAUCAUCAUCAGCUACAGAGGACAUCCACCUAUCAACUACGCCAUAUGGAUCCUAUUCAUAAGCAAGCUCGAGAGGGCUCACUUCCUUACCAUAUUCCAUCUUCUGCUGGGCCCUCGGAACUUUUGCCGCAGAGGCUUGAGCGGUCUGUGCUAGAACAAGGGGAGGAUGAUACUAUGCCUAAUAAUUUUUUCGCUUCAUGUCAUGAACCUCAACAACCUCAGCCUGUAUCCGGAAACAGGAAACAAUACUCUUUAGAGCGCCUGGCAACAUGGAGCCACAGCCAGCAGCAGCAACAGCGACGGCAAUGUCCUCCUUCACCCGUGUUCCCAGCCUCAGCGCCCGUAAGAAUGGUGGCACAGCGGUCCGACUGUCCUGCUGCUUUUUUGAUGGAGCCCCAGAAAGCUGCUAUGAUCGACAACUGGCGCAGGAGUUUGGCUGUGUCUCCACUAGUUGGAGGAGCCAAGCCUGAAGGGGGUGAAAAUACGUACCAGCUCAGGAGCGAGGCGCCAGACGGAAUAAGUUUGGGCGAAACUGGCGUGGAUGCACGGAAACAUUCAGAUAUUUCUUCAGAGUUGCCCGAUCUGCGCAUCAAUAGCCACAAAACGGAAUCUACUCUAAAACAUUCUUAUUUAGGAUUGGACUUUAGUGGUGCAACCAUCGUGGAUGAUAUGCUCAAAACAGGAGAGCCGAACAUCAAUAGGAGGGACCCGGAGGAUAAUGAUAACUCAUACGACCCAUACAGAGGAGAGCGAGCCUACAUUAACAAUGGACGAUCGAGCAAUCCUGCUGGACUAAACAAAAGCAAUAUUGUUAAAAAAAUAGGGGUUUAUUCAGCAGAAGUGACGAAUGAUAAUAUAACGGUUAGGGAUAGCUUGAUGACUGAGGAGGAGGAGGAGGAGGAGGAGGAGGAGGAGGAGGAACUCCCAUUAAGGUCAAUUCAAGCCAGGCAGCGUCCACGAUGGCUCAAUCCUCAACUCUCAUCCGAAGAUGACGCUUCGGAAACACAGCCUACAAAGCCAAGCCUUCAUCCUUGCAAUGCAGAGACACCUCAUCGACUUCCUCCUGAGCCCGUCACACCAGAUGGCACAUCAGAAAGAUCUUUUGGCCAUAGCUACCAGCGAGCUACCUCACCGAUGGUGACAUCCAUCUCAGAAUCUGUUCUCGAUGUAUAUCGGAGACAGCAUCAGGACCCACUAGGUAUUCAGUGCCUAACACCGCCUUUAACAGAUCCGUCUCUUAGCUUGCAUGGCUCGAGCUACUCGCAUCCUUUGGUCUAUGGUUCAGAUGUUUCUUUUUCGAAGCUGCACACGAGCGCAUUUAAACCAGCGGACAAACGUCUAGUAAAGCUCCUUGCUGAUCCUCCUCUAACAACGAAUGCGACAGAGCAUCCAUCAUUAUCACUUGCGAAGGAUGGUGAAAAUACUACUGCUUCUGCUGAUAUUGUUGCCGCCAGCACUGAUAACCCAUCAAAGAACAUUAGCUUCUUGACUAUUGACACAAACCCUUACAACAGCAUUGCAGCCUCCAAUCCAAAACUUUCUACUUUAUUUCCACGAUUGAAACGAUCAUCGGAGGGCCCGAUGUCCCCCAUGCUUUUUGAGCCCAAAGAUACUCUUCCUUCCAUACUGUUGUCAAGUUCAGAUUCAAUCAAUGCAUCCUCACCUCUUCCUUCUACUACCAUACAUAAGGGUUUUGAUUGGCAAGAGCAACAGCCUUCGCCAUCUUGUUCUAUCUCGGUUAUGUCUAGUGUAAGUCAAGUGCCUCGAUUGAGUCAAUCGCCACCAUCUCACUGUGUCCAUCCUCACCAACAGCGCCAGGUCAGAGUAGAACGUGAGGAUGGUGAUAGUGAUGAUGAUGAGCCCUUGGGUGUGACUCUCUCAAGACAACAGGGUCUCUCACAACAGACUCCUUUAUCACAGCGACGGCGUCUGUCGACUACAGGCCACAUGGGCCAUAGAGACAGUGUCCAUCAUGACUUUGAUCAUGGUCAUGCUAAUAGUAAAAGACGACUAUCAUUGCCUUAUAGACGACUCACUCACCACCCAAAAAAUAAUGAGGGCAUUGCAUUUUGCUAA